AUUGCUUGGAGAUGCUACCCAGAUUUCGUGUAUCUACACACCACGACGGUACUCGGACGUAGGGUGUGUUUUGGGGCCAGGUCACGGGGAAGUGCAACUCGAAGAAACGAGUCCGCGCGCACGCGACAUGACGAUGCUAUUGUACGCCACGCGCCUUACAACAAAGUCGACCUGGUGUAUAUAUCCAGAUCUCAGCACACAGUGCUCCUCUUCAAUUUCGACGUCACAAGACUAUUCGUCGCACCCACGCAAGAUGCCAUCCUACCCCACCGGGCUAAUCUCCGAGCAAAUGCCGGGUGAGGGGCAAUUGGUAGCUCUUCAUUGGAUCACAGACGUCAUCGGCCUUAGAAUCUGUUUCCCCUCAGUUGCGCUGCGAUCCUUCUAGAGAGCUCAAUCAAUGCUUUUCACGCGUCCAGCAAUACUAAGAACAUCACGAGUAGUCGCAUCAUCUACAUUUCGUCUUCUCAAAUCAAACAAUACACCAAGCUUCCUUAUUCGAACGCUAGCAACCAUGGCGACCGACCCAUCCAAGUACAAGCUCAACCACUCCAUGAUCCGGAUCAAGGAUCCCAAGCGAUCAGUCCAAUUCUACGAGUUCCUGGGCAUGAAGCAGAUCAACCAGAUCAAGAACCCCGACGCCAAGUUCGACCUUUACUUCCUCGCAUAUGAUAGUCCGAAAGCCGUCUCACAUGGCAACCACUGGACCGACCGCGAGGGAAUUGUGGAGUUGACUCACAACUACGGCACCGAAGACGAUCCAAACUACAAAAUCAGCAAUGGCAACACGGAACCUCACAAGGGCUUCGGCCACCUCUGCAUCUCGGUGGACAAUCUACAGGCAGCCUGCCAGAGGCUAGAAGAUGCCGGUUACAAGUUUCAGAAGAAGCUCACAGACGGUCGCAUGCGCCACAUUGCAUUUGUGCUCGACCCCGAUGGCUAUUGGGUAGAGGUGAUUGGCCAGAAGCCACUGGAGGAGACGGAGAACGUCAAGGACACCGACACAGGCUCGUACCGAAUGAAUCACACCAUGAUCCGCGUCAAGGACAAGGAGGCCUCACUCAACUUCUAUCAAGACGUCAUGGGCAUGAAACUUAAGCGCACCUCAGAGAACGAAAGUGCCGGCUUCAACCUGUACUUUUUAGGAUACGGCCCCGAUGCAUCCGAAAACACUGCAAACGGCGUCAACCCGGUAGCAAACACCGAAGGCCUGCUUGAGUUGACAUGGAACUACGGAACCGAGAAGGACGCAAACUUCAAGUACCACAACGGCAACGAUGAGCCUCAAGGAUUCGGUCACAUCUGCAUUGCUGUCGACGAUCUCGACGCCGCCUGUGCUCGCUUCGAAGAGAAGAAGGUCAACUGGAAGAAGAGGCUUACUGACGGUCGCAUGAAGAACAUCGCUUUCGUACUAGAUCCUGAUGGUUACUGGAUCGAGGUAGUGCAGAACGAGAAGCUCAAGACACGUAGCAAUUGGUAAACGGGCGGCGCCGACUACCCGCGUGAUGUGCAUAUCCCACUCAACAGCAAUUCAGCCUCCAAUCGUUGAAGAUCACACCAUUUGUGGCUACCCACGCUGCGCAACAUAUGCACAGUAUAGUACCGUGACGGACGCGAGCAAUCGCGGUACUGCGACGCCAACUGCAUAAUGAAAUACAUCCCAGAUCGUAUCAGUUUUCUUUCGAUUCCUUUUCUUACGAAGCUCUCUAUUAUUGUCUCUGCGAAGUCUCGAUGGCGUUGUUCAAUGCCUAGGUACUUCGCCAAACUGACCCUGCAGCAGCGGCGCUCACCCCGUGGGGUAAAAGGAGUGCGGGGUAAACACAGCCAACAGGUAAGGCUACCACAAAAACAUCCCUCUGACGCAUGCUACUGCAGCAGACCGAUAGCGG